CAUUAUAUGACCAUUAUGCGUCAAGGCCUCUGCAGACUCCUGGUGGUGGUAGCCUGGAUUGGAGGGAUCUUACAUGCCACCAUGCAAAUAUUUUUUAUGAUUAAUCUGCCCUUCUGUGGCCCCAAUGUCAUUGACCACUUCAUGUGUGAUCUCUUCCCAUUGUUGAAACUUGCCUGCAGAGACACACAUAAGCUGGGCAUCAUAGUGGCCGCCAACAGUGGGGCCAUGUGCUUUCUCAUCUUUACCAUGCUCCUCAUCUCGUAUAUAGUUAUCCUGCGAUCCUUGAAGUCUCAUAGUUCUGAAGGGAGACGCAAAGCUCUUUCCACGUGUGGCUCUCACUUUACUGUGGUGGUUCUCUUCUUUGUCCCUUGCAUAUUUACUUACAUGCGCCCUGUGACCACCUACCCGGUGGACAAGCUGGUGACUGUGUUCUUUGCAAUUCUCACUCCCAUGUUAAAUCCCAUCAUUUACACAGCAAGAAACACUGAGGUGAAGAAUGCUAUGAAGAAUUUAUUGAAGAGGCAAGUCACUUACCCUGUUNUAAAAUGA